GCAGCAGGCCCCCCAGGGCGGGCCCGGGCGGGCGGAGCGACCGGCAGGGCACCGGGCGGGGCCGGGCGGCAGGCCCCCGGCGGGCGACAGCGGGCGCGGGCCCCCAGGGGGCGGGGCGACGGGGGGCCCCCAGGCGGGGCGACGGGCAUCGGGCCCCCAGGCGGGCGGGCGGGCAUCGGGCCCCCAGGCGGGGCGGGCGCAGGCAUCGGGCCCCCAGGCGGGCGACGGCAUCGGGCCCCCAGGCGGGGCGACAGGCGCAUCGGGCCCCCAGGCGGGGCGACAGGCAUCGGGCCCCCAGGCGGGCGACAGGCAUCGGGCCCCCAGGCGGAGCGGCGGGCGCGGACCCCCAGGCAUGGGCCAGGUCUCGGGCCCCAGGCGGAGCGGCGGGCGCCGGACCCCCAGGCAGAGCGGCGGGCGGGCCGAGUCAUCUGGCACGACAGUGGGCUCCGAGUCAACUGGCAUGACCGCUGGCACUGGGUCAGACAUUGGAUCGUCUGGCUGGACAGCGGGCAUCGGGUCACCAGGCAUCAGGUCAUUUGGCUCAACAGCGGGCACCGCGUCAUCUGGCAAGGCAGUGGGCUCCGAGUCAACUGGUAUGACCGCGGGCACUGGGUCAGACAUUUGAUCGUCUGACUGGACAGCGGGCAUCGGGUCACCAGGCAUCAGGUCAUUUGGCUCAACAGCGGGCACCGCGUCAUCUGGCAAGGCAGUGGGCUCCGAAUCAAC